UCAACCUCCUAGACUCUCUUGGAAUGAAUAUCUACGUGAUUUAGAAAGUGCCGUGAAUGAUUCUGCUUUACAAUCAGCAGAGGAAUCUGAUACAGAUGAAGAACUUGCUAAUUAUGAACGAGAAAACGACGAAAGACCAGCAAAUAUUUAUGAUACCAAUAGUGUACUUAAAGUGAUUAAUAAACCAUGGAGAUCUGCAAGGAUUGCAUGCCUUCUGCACCGUUGUGGCGAAGUGGCUGGAACCAAUUUAUUUCGAAAAAGAUGGCAUAAUGAAAAUUUUAUUGACUAUAACAGCCGUCCAAAAGACGAUAUACCUUCUUGGUGGAUUUCCACAAAAUGGUCUUCCUCCAAGGUAGAAUCAGGUGAAAAUGAAGCCGGCAGGAGUAAUGGUGGACAAAAUAAUUACAUGAAAGAUGUCGAAAUUGUGCAAAUUGAUUAA